AGAAAGCAGCAGACUGCGCUGGCGGGGUGCGCGCCUAACCCAGUGUCAGUGGGCGGGGCUAUGCAAACGAGGCGCGACUCUCGGCGUGGGAUGCGCGCGGGGUUCAGUGAAGUACUGGCGCGUGAGGGAAUAAGACAAUUGAAGCCCAUCGGCACAGCUAGCUUAGCUUAGCUUAUCUUCGUGAUCUAAUUUCAUUAAAAAAAAAAAAAGAAAAAAAAAAGAAAGUAACGUGAGCAUGGCGUCAAAAUGUCCAAAAUGCGACAAGACUGUGUAUUUCGCUGAAAAGGUGACCUCCCUGGGAAAGGACUGGCAUAAGUUCUGCCUGAAGUGCGAGCGCUGCAGCAAGACGCUGACGGCAGGUGGGCAUGCUGAGCAUGAUGGGAAGCCCUUCUGUCACAAGCCAUGCUAUGCUGCCCUCUUUGGGCCAAAAGGCGUCAACAUUGGGGGUGCAGGCUCUUAUGUGUAUGAGGCGCCCGCCAACAGCAACCCGCCCUCCGCCACUGUGGACAGUGUGCCCAAGCCUGAGGAUAAGAGGCUCCCAGCAGCCAGCAGGGCUCCAUCUAAAGCCGGAAGCGUCACCACCUUUUCUGGGGAGGCCAGCACAUGCCCCAGAUGUAACAAGAAGGUCUACUUUGCUGAGAAGGUAACGUCUCUGGGGAAGGACUGGCAUCGGCCCUGCCUGCGCUGCGAACGGUGCAGCAAGACCCUGGCAGCAGGCAGUCAUGCAGAGCAUGAUGGCAAACCCUACUGCCAUAAACCAUGUUAUGCUGUCCUCUACGGGCCAAAAGGAGUGAACACGGGUGGUGUUGGCAGCUACAUCUAUGACAAGGAGCCCAACACAGAGGCCCAACCAUGAGUUUACACCUUCACACUGCCCCUACAACCACACCCCCAGUGGCAGCUGCUACCACCAGCACACAUGCUUCCCUGAAGAGACCAGUACUUCUGUGGACCUCUCUGCUGAAAAGUGAUGCCACAUUUUACCUCUCUGAUUCUCUAUCCUUAUUCUGACUAAACCUGAUCACCUUCUGUUCGGUAAACCCGACUGGCCCUGUUCCUGCACUCUAUAGACCCUUUGUGCAAUGUGCAUGGCCUCUGGAAGUUCUUGCAAAGCAAGAGUUCUCUCAGUCUCCCUCCUACAGGUUUGAGAGUUCUUGAGUGAGCCCAGUGCAACUUUAUCUUAACUGUUAGAUCACCUGUUUGAUUUUCUGUCUUUCAUCUGUAAUGUAGAUGAAAGUCCACAUCACUGCAGUAUUAUGAUGUGUUUAAUAUCUAACACUUUAUCAAAAUUAAGUUGUGAUAGAUUUCACCUCGCCCAUUUGAAGCAAUAGGUCUGUACCCAGAACAGACCUUGGUUUUCAACAACCAUAAUCACAGUGUGUGUCUCCUGGAUUGGGUGGUCUCUCUAAUAUUAAUGACAGAGAUUAGAGUUCUGGGCUUUUUUUCCCCUUCAUAUGCAAAGGAUGUUUGAAUGGUCUGUUUGACUAGCAGAGCAAUCUCACCUUUGAGCCUCCUUGCACAGGAACAGCACAGGAGCUCGUUGCCAUAAAUCUCUGACACAUUCACCAACCCACGCCUUCUGUUUGGCUGCCUAACGGCAUUCCGAAGUCAGGAUUUUAGAUUUAGUCUAGGAAUUCUGCAAAAAUAUAUACCGUCAAAUGAAGGAAACACAGUAAGGAGUUGAAGCUCGGGGGGUUGAGGGGUUUUGUGAUGGUUGUCUAAUGAUUGAGGACAUUGUACUAGUAUUUAUAGAGCUGUCCAAAAAGCAAAAGAAAUUAAUAAGAUGUUUAAUGUAUUAUGUGUGGUCUGAAUAUUAGAGAACCACCUGCAUAUCUUCUUGUAAUGAAACUACAAGUGUUAAAUUUGCCAGUAGGAAUUAGCUGAUAGGAGCCUUUUUGUUCAGCUUGACAACAUAUUCAUAUGAACAUGCAUUAGAACCUUUUUUUUGGUCUAUUUUGCUGUAUUGAGCUGAGUACUUCCAAAGACUGACUGCUUUUCACUGGAUAGCUCGCACUUAAGUCCUGCUGUUUGUCUUUUUGAUCCCAUAUUAAAGUUUAUAUAUUACUUCUC